GGUGUACAGCUGAACAGGUGUGUCUACAGAAGCCAUGGCAGACUUCGGGCUUGUGAAGACAUUAGCAGGUGCUCUCGGGACCAAUGAAGCCUCCCUCACCCUAAUCCUCGGCCUUCUCGCAGGUUACCCCCUGGCCUACUUCCAGCGGCAGUUCCUGUUUGGGAAGUCGGCUACGCUACACCACAUCUACUUCUCCCUGACAGGACUGGCCAUCCUGUAUGCCAACUUUGGUACCGACAUCCUCCACCAUGUCAUCUGUGUCUUCACAAACUACCUGCUGAUGAGAACAAUCGGACCAAAACUCCUCUCUGUACAGCUGGCCUUCCUCUUCAACAUGGGUUAUCUGCUAGCCGGGUACCACUUCUGUGCUUCCAACACCUACGAUGUCAUGUGGACCACACCUCACUGUGUCAUGACUCUACGUCUCAUCGGGCUGGUGACGGACUAUUAUGAUGGUGGCAAGGAUCCAGCCCAGCAGUCCGCUGACCAGAAGAAACUGGGACUGACCAGUCUACCCAGUCUGCUAGCUGUGGCCGGACACUCUUUUCACUUCGGGGGAGUUCUAGUGGGACCACAGUUCCCCAUGCGGAUGUACCUGGACAUGAUAGAGGGGAAACUGACUGACAACACCGAGGGAAAACGCCCUGCUUGUGUUGUUCCUGCGCUGAAGCGGAUGGCCCUGGGGCUGGGUUACACCGUGGUCUUUGCUAUCCUGAAUGGGUACUACUAUGAUGACUACAUGACGGAGCCAGCCUUCUUUGAGUUGUCGUGGUUACAGAAGUACAUCUUUGUGUUGAUCUGGGGGAAGGUGAUGCUGUACAAGUAUGUGGGCUGCUGGCUGCUGGCCGAGGGGAGCUGCAUCCUGAGCAGCCUGACGUACAACGGCAGGGACGAGCAGGGAAACCCCCUGUGGGACUCCUGUAAGAACAUCAAGCUGAGUAAGUUUGAGAUGGUGAUGAGCUUCCAGGACGUCAUCGACUCCUUCAACAUCAACACCAACAAGUGGGCUGCACACUAUGUGUACAAGCGUCUGAAGUUCCUGAAUAACCGCAUGAUGUCCCAGCUGUCCACCCUGAUGUUCCUGGCCCUGUGGCACGGCUUCCACUCCGGCUACUACGCCUGCUUUUUCCUCGAACUGGUCUACGUCAACGCUGAAAAACAGGCCCAUGACCUGAUGAAGGUCAGCCCGCUGGUGUCGUCGGUCGUGAGGCAUCCGGUGAUCAGGCCUGUCCUACUGAUCAGCCUCAAACUGGUCCUGCUGGCCCACCUGGGGUAUCCUCUCGUACCCUUCGCACUGCUCAAGUCUGCCAAGUGGUGGCAGGUCCACCAGUCCCUGUACUUCACCGGACACUGGCCUUUCCUGCUCUUCUUAGCAGCUGCUCCGUUCCUCAAGAAAGUCCUCAAGCCCAGGACCUCAGGCAGAGAAGGGGCAAAAACAUCGAAGGAGACCAAAUCAGACUGACGUGGUCAGACGUCACCAUCACUAUCCUGUGUUACAUGCUGUGAGACCUCAUGAUGCGAAGUAGCAAAGUGCAGUUUUUAGUUUUUACAAAAGUUGACUGAUUCUUCUUUGUUUGUAUGUGACAUCUCAGUAUAUUAAUAGGAUAUUGAAAUCUGAUAUAGAAGAGUUGCUGAAAAUUGAGAUUAUGAAUAAAUUACCUAUAAUUUCAUUCUACAAAAUGUACUUCCUUUAGAAAAUUUAAUGUACAGUGGAAGAGUGGGACAAACUAUACUGGAUAAUGUCAGUGCUAUAGAAAUCAUUUUUAGAAGACCAACCUAAGCUAUUCGGCGACACUACAGUACUACACAUUAUAUUCUCAUUACAAGAGUUUUUUUACGACUUACCGGUAAUGGUGAUGUUUCUCACCCCUCUGCCAAAAACACCAUGACUACAUGGUGAACAAUAACUGUUAGUAGCUCUUCCACAAAGGGAUAUGAAGUGAGUAGAAUAAUUUAUAGUGAAAGUCAAACAAACUAUGCACAGGGUACUAGUAACUUCUCCCCACCAACUUAACAGUGUGAAAGUCACAUUUGAUACAUUUGCUACACUACAGCAAUUAAAAAAUACAUUUUUCGGAGUGCCAGUCCGUACAUAGGAAAUCAACUGUAAGUCUUACAGAAACAUUAAGGAAUAUACCACCUACAGUAUCUAUGAAUCUGUUGCCACACAAGAUUUAGGUAGUUACAAUGUAUAUGGUGUGGUCACAUUUACUGUAGGCUGUCAUACGAUUUUGAUAUCCUAGCAUUUAUACAAGCAGGCUGUGACAGAACCAACCACCAACAUGGGUCCAAGAGACACUUCUCAUUUGAAAGACUGAAUUUUGUGGAACAUAUGCACAACUUACCCAGGAAUGCCCUCAGGUUGCAAUCCUAUGACGAUUGUAUAACAAAUGUGACCAGGCCCUUAUGCUUAGGUCACAUUUCCCAAAUGAGGCCCGGCCUGGCAGCCUUAUGGAACGAAAAGUAUGAGAUAGCAGACAACAAAGCACAAAAAAGUUGAAAAAUUAAUCAUGGGAACUAUUUCAAUUUUUUCUUAAUCGAAACAGCCCGGCUGGGCCCCGGCUAAGAAAUGUGAUCUCAGCAUUACUUGGGUGAAAGCUACUCAGUACUUAAUUAUAAGGAAACAAUUGCAGCUUCUCUACGGACAGUACUUACAUGUGCAGUGUACUUCUCAUCAUUAUUUAUACCAGUAUUUACGCAGCAAAAAACAUAAUCAGGGUGUGAGUUAUAAAGGACCUUUUUGGCAGUAAUAUACCUGGUGUUCUCUUGAUUAUUGUGCAGUUUUUAGGGAUCAGCUGAUGUUUGCUUUGAGUCAUGGAGUGCUUUGAUUUUGGCCUUGAACCUUAUACAAGUUCAUGUGCAUCUGACCUUUCACCUUUCUAACUGUGCCUCAU